CUCCUCCGCGUCCCGCCCGGCGCCAGGCGGGGGCUGUGCGCCUGCGCGGAGCGGGCAGUCCGGCCGGGCCGCAGCCGCGGGGUGGCCGGCAGUUGCCGUGGGGACCGCGGGCCCCUCCCUCCUCCGGUCCCCUGCCGCUCGCGUUCCCCACCGAGGCGCGGCCUACUACCCGGCCUCCCUGCCGCCGGCCCGGCCGAACUGAGCCGGUGCCCCGCGAGAGGCGGAGCCGCUCCCAAGAUGUCGCAGACGGCCAUGUCCGAGACCUACGAUUUUUUGUUUAAAUUCUUGGUUAUUGGGAAUGCAGGAACCGGCAAGUCUUGUUUGCUUCAUCAGUUUAUUGAGAAAAAAUUCAAAGAUGACUCAAAUCAUACAAUAGGAGUGGAAUUUGGUUCAAAAAUAAUAAAUGUUGGUGGUAAAUAUGUAAAGUUACAGAUAUGGGACACAGCAGGCCAAGAACGAUUCAGGUCUGUGACGAGAAGCUACUACAGGGGUGCCGCGGGGGCGCUGCUCGUCUAUGACAUCACCAGCCGAGAAACCUACAAUGCGCUUACUAAUUGGUUAACAGAUGCCAGGAUGCUCGCCAGUCAGAGCAUCGUCAUCAUCCUCUGCGGGAACAAGAAGGACCUGGACACCGAUCGGGAAGUCACUUUCCUAGAAGCCUCUCGAUUCGCUCAGGAAAACGAGCUGAUGUUUCUGGAAACAAGUGCACUAACAGGGGAGAACGUGGAAGAGGCCUUUGUACAGUGUGCAAGAAAAAUACUUAACAAAAUUGAAUCAGGUGAGCUGGACCCAGAAAGAAUGGGCUCAGGUAUUCAGUAUGGAGAUGCUGCCUUGAGACAGCUGCGGUCUCCGCGCCGCGCACAGGCCCCGAGUGCUCAGGAGUGCGGCUGCUGAAGCAGCUCAGGGUACACAGGUGUUCAUACUGUGGUAUUUGGGACACAAUUGGAGCUUGAAGAAGAAGUUUUGUUUUUUGUUUUUUUUUUUUACCACCAUCUUUUUCUACUAUAUAUGGAAGUAGAUCUUUGUGCGAAAAAAAUAAUUUGGGGUGUUAUGCAAGCUAGUGGAUGUGGCACAGCAAUGCAUAAAAUAAAUCCAGUUCAAUGGACAAGACCAUUAAAUGUAUACACAUAUGUAAAAAUGUUGUGUUCCAUACUCGCCCUUUCACCCUGGUUUGGACCCUGGCUGUACUGUAUAUAUACUGGUCUGGUGCGUCUCCACAGCAUGGUAUCUGAUGUAUGGUAUGGUAGGGCGUUGCCCUAAAUGCAGUCUAAUGCUUUAUUUUUUUAAAUCAUCUGAACUAAAAUCUGUUCAUUGUGAGGUGUGCUUGGUCAUCGUGUCAGUUAUACUGCACAGUCGGUUGCGUUUAUGACCUGAUAUUCAGAGACUCUGGCAUUGACUGCUGACACAGUGCUUAUUUAGUUAAUUCCGUUUUACCAGAGUCCACAAGGUGUUACAUGAGCCACACUCGAAAUACUAGAUCAGUAGUUACUCACAUACCGAAGUAAAAUGAAAAUUG